GAGAGACGGAGAACAUAAUUAAUGAUAAAUUGAAGGGGAGGAACGGCGCUGUGUCUGUCCUUUCCCGAUAAGCCCGGUGAUUGCUCGAAUGGGCAAGACUAGGGCAUUGAAUCCCGAGCUCUCUCUCUCUCUCUUUCUCUCUCUCUCUCUCCUCCUCCUCCUCCCUCUCUCCCUAUUUUUCGGAAUUCCCAUAUAAUCGGAUUUUUCAUUUUCUUCCCACAAAACAAACCAACCCUAACUGUUCUACUACUCCUACCACUCCCCUCCCUACCCACACACGCACACACAGACACACGCUCUCUCUCUCUCUCUCUCUCUCUCUCUCUCAGCAGUUCUAGAGAGAGAAGCGCCAACCACCACUCCCAACUCCUCCACUUCUGCUGAAUUCCAGCUCCGUCAGUGUCCGCUUCUUCUCCGGAUUCAAUCGCACUUUAAUUUUCUUUGCAGCUUCAAGAAUUAAGCUCCACAAGUGCCGGAUGCAGCUUCGAUCCGUACUUAUUCCUUGCUUGCUUCGGGACUGAUCUGUUGUUCGGAGAGCUGAACGAGACAGAUCUGUGAGCUGUUGAUCUAUUUCCGUCCUUAGCGGAGAUUUAAGGAGAGAGCAUCAGCUGCAGUUGCUGGGGACAGCGAAGAAAACCAAAAGCAACUCUACAUUCCGCCAUAUUCUUCGCGAUUAAAUAGAUUGAAAUUCUCGAAUCCUUGCCUACAUUGUUCAAGAGUCAGCGAAGCUUUAGAGACGAAGCUAAAGGCUCGCGCAGAUCAGUCACUGCUCAUGCGCAAUUACUGUUUCUCAGCUUGAAUCUGAAGCAGAAAAGGCUAAGAUCGAUCAUCCCCCAAGAAACAAGAGGAUAAGAAAGAAGGGCCUUGGUCUAGCUUUUUCUCGAGCAAGGUAUGUACGCGGCAUGGAGGCGGAGGAGAUUCGGACCAAUGCGUCUAUGUUUUCAAGGGUCGGUAAUGGCAGGAGUGAUUCUAAAAAGAUAGGGAAAAAGGGGGGAGAACAAUACCAAGAUGACGAAGAGGACGGAGAAGUCCGAAGGGGUGUUGGGCUUGGAGUGGGAGGUAGUAGCGGUACUUUUGGUGGAGGCAAUGGAAGUGACGGUGGUCGGCUUCGCGGUUGGCACCACUCGUCGAGGAUUAUAAGGGUUUCUCGUGCCUCUGGCGGCAAGGAUCGGCACAGUAAGGUCUGGACAUCUAGAGGGCUUCGAGACCGCCGGAUUCGCCUCUCAGUCACCACCGCAAUACAGUUCUAUGAUCUUCAGGAUCGUUUGGGUUAUGACCAGCCGAGUAAGGCAGUGGACUGGUUGAUCAAAGCGGCAGCUGAACCCAUAGCGGAGCUUCCUUCGCUCAACAACUCUUUUCCCAACACGCCUAAGCAUCCAAGCGAUGAGAAGGGGCCGAGCGAACAAGGGUUUGAUUCUGCUAAUGUUGAAUUAGAAGGUGAAGCCAAUUUGCAGCAGCAGCCUCAACAUCUUUCCUUGUCCAAGUCUGCUUGCAGCAGCACUUCGGAGACGAGCAAGGGCUCCGGGUUAUCUCUCUCACGGUCUGAGAUUCGCGUGAAAGCAAGAGAGCGGGCAAGGGAGAGAACUGCAAAGGAGAAAGAAAAGGAGAAAGAGAAUGACUCAAGAACCGUUCACCACCACAACGUGAACCCCAUUUCCCAAAAUGCCUCUUUCACUGAACUGCUGACUGCCGGCAUCGGCAGCAUCAGCAACACCACCACCUGUCCGGCAACCGCCACUACAUCAGCUCAGCAGACCAGACAGUGGUCUUCCACUCCAAUGGAGUACUUUAGUUCUGGGCUUCUUGCUCCACAUUCGUCCCGAACACAUCAUUCAUCUGGAUUUUCUGGACAAAUCCACAUGGGAAAUUCUUUACCACAACCCGUGACAGUUCCUGCGUUCAAUGUGGUAGGCGAGCACCACCCGGAGCUGCAGCAUUUCUCGUUUGUUCCCGAUCAUCUCAUCCCCGUCUCUUCACAGUCUGGGAAUGACUACAAUCUCAACUUCACAAUCUCUUCCAGCCUUGCUGGAUUCAAUAGGGGGACCCUUCAGUCCAAUUCACCGUCUUUGUUGCCUCAUUUUCAGAGGUUUUCUCCUAUAGACGGAUCUAAUCUGCCCUUCUUCAUUGGGGCUGCUACGCCUGUGGAAAAUCAUCAUCAGUUCCAGUCUGGAUUUGAUGGCCGCUUGCAACUCUGCUAUGGUGAUGGAAGCAGGCACUCAGACCAGAAGGGGAAAGGAAAGAACUGAUUUCCUGUACGGGCAUCCUCGCUUUGGCCCAUCAUUCGUUCCAGGUGACGAAGAUCAUCAACGGAGAAGUAGCACGGUGCAGCGAGCACAAGUAUCACAGCAUGUACGCUUUCCCUGCAAGGGGCAACACAUUAAUUAUCAAUAUUGUUAUUUAUUAUGCUUCUGGGAUUGUCUGUACGUGUCUGCUUAAUCCAUUUUGAAGUCAGCUUUCAUUAUUUGCAUAUUCACAUAAAUUUUAUCCAAAUUUUGCAAAGCAGAUUGUGUUUCUCGACAACA